AUGGAAGCAUUCUCACAUCAGCUAUUUCAUGCGGAAAAUAACAACAAAAUUCAAGGAAUCAGAAUUGCUGCAGGUGCCCCUUCCAUAUCCCUUUUUUUUGCGUAUGAUUGUCUAUUAUUCAUAAGUGUUGAUAUGCAUAAUGUCAAUAAUCUGCUUGAUAUCGUCAAAGAAUUUGGCCAAGCUUCAGGGCAGAUAGUGAAUUUCACCAAAUCCAGUGUUUACUACAGUGUACAUGUUCCACAGAGAUUCUGCAGAACGUUAACUAAGAGACUGAAAGUUCCAAGAAUGUCACCAAAUGAGAGGUACUUAGGCCUUCCCCUUUUAAUUGGCAAGAAAAAAAUCGAUUGUUUCACAGGCUUGGUGGACAGAGUGAAGGGAAAAUUAUCAAAAUGGAAUGGUGACUCCAUGUCUCAAAGUUGUAAGUUCUUGAUGAUAAGGACAGUUACCAACACUAUACCAUCUCACUCCAUGAACUGCCUCCAAAUUCCAGCUGAGAUCAUUAAACAAAUUGACAGUCUGCAAAGAGACUUCUGGUGGGGUUUCAAAAGAAAAUAG